ACUCGUGGGUUAAAGGUGGAGAGAAAAGCUCUGUGAGGAGUCAGUGCCGUGGCUCACGGAACAGAGAUGGAGAUCCUCUCCGCGUUAGUCUCCGCCGUUUUGGUUUGUGUAGUGAGUACAGCGGUCCCUCAUGAUGAUAUACACUGGACAUACAAAGAGGGAGCGUUGGACCAGAUGCACUGGCCAACUAAGUACCCUGCGUGUGGUGGCAAAAAGCAGUCCCCAAUUGACAUCCAGAGGCGCAGCGUGAGGCACAACCCAGACAUGUUGCAGCUUGAGCUCAGCGGAUAUGAUGCUCAGAAAGGAAAAUUCCUCAUGUCUAACAACGGACACUCAGUUCAAAUCGACCUCCCUCCCUCUAUGAUGAUCACCAAGGGACUCCCAGGAAAGUACACAGCUGUCCAGAUGCACCUGCACUGGGGUGGCUGGGACCUGGAGGCCAGUGGAGCAGAGCACACCAUCGAUGGCAUCCGCUACAUGGCAGAGCUCCAUGUUGUCCAUUACAAUUCUGACAAGUACAAGAGCUUCAGUGAAGCCAUAGAUAAACCGGACGGGCUGGCAGUACUUGCCUUUUUCUAUGAUGAUGGUCAUUUUGAGAACACCUACUAUAGUGAUUUUAUCUCAAACCUGGACAAAAUCAAGUAUACAGGUCAGUCCAUGACCAUAUCGAGCAUAAAUGUCCGCGCCAUGCUCCCAGAGAACCUCAACCAUUUCUUCAGAUAUGAGGGCUCCCUCACAACUCCCCCUUGUUACGAGAGCAUCACAUGGACUGUGUUUGAUACACCCAUCACUCUUUCACAUAACCAGAUCAGAAAACUGGAGAGUACCCUCAUGGAUAUAGACAACAAGACCCUAUGGAAUGACUACCGCAUCGCUCAGCCUCUCAACGACCGGCAGGUGGAGUCUUCAUUUCUGCCGCGCCUCGGGAAAGGAACAUUUUGUAGGCAAGAUGAGAUAGAGUCCAGGCUGCUGAGGAUCGAGGGUUUGAUAACGUCUCUUGGAAAGAACAUGCAUUCAGGAGGAUCUUACAGCUCAAGACCUUCCAGACAUGAACAUCGAGAUCUGUUUCCAUUGGUGUUCAACUUCCCGGAGAAGAGUUCAGAGAGCUAUGCCUUGGCCCGCCUCAACAAUCCCAUGGAUCUGGACUCCUUCACCGUCUGCAUGCAUGUCUUUCCUCAAGUUGCAGGAGUCCACACCGUCAUUUCUUACUCCAGCCAUGGCAGUGACAACGAGCUGAUGAUCUCCAUCAGUGAGGACUCAAAUGCAAGAGAGGUGGGCCUCUGGAUUGGCAAUGAGUUUGUUAACUUGCCAUACAACUUUAAGCCCCAAGACUGGACCAACUACUGCAUCACCUGGUCAUCCCACACUGGCGGGGCAGAUCUCUGGAUUAAUGGCAUGGUAGGGGAGCAAAGGUACUUGAAGAGCGGUUACACAAUUAGCCCUGGUGGUGUGUUCAUUCUAGGCAAAGACCAGGAUGGACUACUGGGAAUCUCUAACUCAGAUGCUUUCGUGGGUAAGAUGACUGAUGUCAACGUGUGGGAUUAUGUGCUGACAACGGCAGAUAUCCGGGAUCAGAUGUCAUGUGAGCGUAACAGCACUGUGAUGGGCAAUGUGUUCAGUUGGGGAAGCACCAAAUUUAGUCUGUAUGGAGGGGUGCAGCUGGACAGCGAGUACAGAUGCAAGAUGUAGCUUUGUCCUGCUAUAAGCUAAAAAAAAAUGCUGCAAUAAACUAAAAUACCACUGCUGAUGAUGUGGGCUUUAAAAUGUUUAUGGUAUGUUUAAUAAAGGAUAAAAUGUAUGUUAAAGCUUUAUCCGUGUAUUCAUAUCUUUACAUCUUCAAUAAAGUUUACAAAAGA